UUCAGGAUUAGAGCGGUUCACGCACUGAGUGAACGGCAGGUUCACUUUAUAUUACUCCUAAAAAAAGACAAAAUAGUUUAUAUUUUCAUCUUAGUCUUAAGUGAAAUUGCAUUUUCAGGGCUCUAACUUAAGUUCGGGUUUAAAACCGCAUGUGGACAAGUUUGGAAAGAGAUGUUUGUUCCCAGAAGCUGACGUGGGACAGAGGAUGUAACGCAGAGUGAGAUUAGGAAAAUUCCCAAGGAAACGAUUCCCACCCGAUCCCAUCCAGGAGCUGGGUGGCCUGGCUGAAGGGUGGAGCUGGAUGAGGUGACCAUGGUGAGCGAGACCCUGCCUGCCUGGGACCCCAACCCCGAGGACAGCCUGGUGCGCGUCAACGUGGGGGGCCUGAAGCAGAGCCUGUGCUCCAGCACCCUGCGCAGGUUCCCUGACACCCGGCUGGGGCGCCUGCUGGCCUGCGAGUCCGAGGAGGCCAUCCUGCAGGUGUGCGACGACUACGACGUCCAGGAGAAGGAGUUCUACUUCGACCGCAACCCGGGACUCUUCCCCUACGUGCUGCACUUCUACCAGACGGGCAAGCUGCACAUCAUGGAGGAGCUGUGCGUCUUCUCCUUCUGCCAGGAGAUCGAGUACUGGGGCAUCAACGAGUUCUUCCUGGACAGCUGCUGCAGCUACCGCUACCACGAUCGCAAGCUGGAGGGCUGCCACAAGAGCUGGGACGAGGACAGCGACGUGAGCAGCGUGGACACCUCGGUGGACGAGAUCUCCGACCUCAACAAGGACAUGCAGCACUUUCAGGACGUGCGCUGCGGCGGCUUACGCAAGCGGCUGUGGCUGACGCUGGAGAACCCCGGCUACUCCAUCCCCAGCAAGCUCUUCAGCUUCGUCUCCAUCAGCGUGGUCCUCACCUCCAUCGCCACCAUGUGCAUCCACAGCAUCCCUGAGUACCAGCAGCUGGACCAGGACGGGCAGCCGCGCGAGGACGCCACGCUGCAGGCCCUGGAGUACUUCUGCAUCUGCUGGUUCACCUUCGAGGUGCUGGCCCGCAUGGCGCUGGCCCCCAACACCCGCAAGUUCUUCCUGCACCCCCUGAACAUGAUCGACAUUGUGUCCGUCCUGCCCAUCUACAUCACGCUGGUCUUUGACCUGAGCGUGGGCAGCGAUUCCGAGCUGGGCGACAUCGGCAAGCUGGUGCAGGUGUUCCGCCUCAUGCGGAUCUUCCGCGUGCUGAAGCUGGCCAGGCACUCCACCGGCCUGCGGUCGCUCGGGGCCACGCUGAGGCACAGUUACCGUGAGGUUGGCAUCCUGCUGCUGUACCUGGCGGUGGGCGUGUCGGUGUUCUCGGGCAUGGCGUACACAGCCGAGUACGAGGAGGACGUGGGGCUGGACACCAUCCCUGCCUGCUGGUGGUGGGGCACCGUCAGCAUGACCACAGUGGGCUACGGCGAUGUGGUGCCCGUCACCAUCGCCGGCAAGCUGGCAGCCUCCGGCUGCAUCCUGGGGGGCAUCCUGGUGGUGGCGCUCCCCAUCACCAUCAUCUUCAACAAGUUCUCCCACUUCUACCGCAAGCAGAAGGCGCUGGAGGCCUCCGUGAGGAACAGCAACAGCAACAACCCCCCCAGCCCGAUGGCGAAGAGGCACUCGGUGGCGUCGGAGGGCUCGGAGGGGGACAGUCAGUGUCUGGAGGAACUGGAGGACGAUGAGGACAUGGGGGAGGAGAGAUCAGGGAGCAUCAGCAGUGCAGGUUUCCUCACUCCCUGGAAGAGCAGCAGCCCCGUGGUCAAGAGGAAAGAGCAGCCCAGCUUCCAGUAGGCUCCUCAUACAGCUCUGCCAUAUUAAAGUAAAGAGCCUUGCUUAUUAGCAUGCAGAAGAACUUCAAGGCUCAAAACCAGAGCAGCAAGGACAAUCUGGUGGCUUGGUCAUGUGCAUGUAAAGGGCCUGACAUAGAGAGACUCUGCAGAAUGCCUUUCUCCAUUUUCCCUGGCUUUAGAAGCAUUUGUAGGUCGUGUAGACAAUUGUAUCGCACCGCCGAGCAGCAGGUCUCUGUGAGACAAGAGGUGGUCUAAUGGACGACUAAGCUGUUGGAAAUAGGACAUAACAGGCUGAGAGACUGAGAGACUUCAAACACAAUGCAGGGCUAUUUACUCCAUGGAGAUUAAUUCACAGAGCUUGCUUUUGUGUUUAUUCUGUGACGGAAAGGAAGGGAAACAACUGGCGAGCAGCAGGAAAGCUCUGCUAACACGAGGCGUCCGAGAGCCUUCAACAUCAAGGGCAGAACCGCCGACGAGUCCAGGGGCACAAGCGCUGUCUUGCACCUGUGGCUGGGUGCUCAGUGGGACCCCAGCUCACCAGCCCCCUGGCUGCAGCCGUCAGACACCACGAUUCCACCUCUCCACUGCAGCCCAAGACAUCUGCCAAACAGAAACCUCCGUCCUCAAACCCAAUUUACAUCACUUUGGUUCAGAUUCGAACCCGGCGUUCAGUACUUCAAUACGCACACAGAACACAAGCAGACUGAAGAGGUUGAUUCUCUGCUGUUUGCAGUAGCUUUUAGUCAUAACAGCUUAUAUUAACCAUGAUGAAGGAUCCACUCUACCAGGAUGACGUUUAAGUUUUUAUUGCCUUCAUAGCCUGAGGGCUAAAUAGACGCUCCUGAGAGAUGAUUUUAUUAAUGCAUUGAACUGCGCAGUUCCUGAGAAAGAUACAUCUUUAUUCGCUUAGUGCUUCCAUCUGCUGCUAUGCUGCUCUGUCUCUGCCUUUAUUUGAGCUCAGGCUCAGGAACCUGAAUCAUCCUUCCCUGCACUCCUGCCUCAGGAGCUCUGUCUGGCUCCUCCCAUUUAUGCAAUUUCUUCAUCUUCACCCAGCUGAUGAAAACAACAGAAAUUGUAGUUGAUGAAUGUGAGUGUAUUUGUGGUUCAAAUCAAUAUUACAAAAAGCGUGCACUUGUUCACUUACAGUUUUGCUCAAUUGCUUAUAUGAAAUUCCUGAAACUGGUGACAAUGUUGGAGCAGUGAACCCAUAUCCCCAAACUCUAUCACAGUUUGCAAAAUAAUGCAAAAUGCCCCAAGACACUCAAAAUAUUUACCACAAAGCUCAAAAUAAAAAAAGUCUGCCAAACAGUACAACUGUGGGUAAAUGGGAAACUCUCUCUCUCAGUGUUCAAAUAGCACCAUACAAAAUACUAUGUAUCAACACUAUGUAUGAUCUUGAGUGCAUGUUGGAUCUUACAGUCCAGCUGUGACUGGACAUCACUGCAAGUGUCUUUAAUGUAUCAACAGUUUUGCUGUAAAUAAGGACAUUCCCACACACAAUAUAAUAAAAAACAAUAUAUUUGGGGAAAGUCUUCACUCAGUAAACUGAAACCAAUGCACAUACAUAAAGAGAAACAAUGUAAUAUUGUAAACAAUUUUUCAUUCCGUAAAUCCAGUAAAUCAAGAAAGAUUAGUGGUCCAAUUAAACAAAAACCAAAAAAGUGAAAGAGACAAUAAAGAUCAAUUGUACACACUUCACUGGCCAUUCAGUCUCUCUACACAGCUGGGACAGAUGUUUAUCCACAUCGCACCUCAUGGAUUCUCUUUUAGUGCAAGUAAAACCAUUCUGCAGCCUCCUUCAGUCCCUGUUCUGUCCCCACAAGCAGCCCUCAUUACCUCCAGCAGAACCCAUGUGAUCCUUCAUGUGUGUUGCAGGAGGGGUAACGUGACCAUUCGCACACAUCGAGCAGAGGUCACAUGACCAUUCGCACAUCGAGCAGAGGUCAUGUGACCAUCCGUACAUGUUGCAGCAGGUAAACAAUAUAUUAGGUCACCAGUGAAUCAGUGUCUGUUAUAUCCAUCGAGUGUUGAACAAUUUUAGCAGUUAAGAUUUGUACCCAUGAGGUAGUUGACCACACUUGGAACUGGUUUCUCUGUGAGCUCUG